AAUACUAACAAAAUGCAUUUGCUGAUAACGCAGUCCUUUUUUUCCCUCCAUAUAUAAUAUCAAAUACACAACUACCAUACGGUAUCAAUACUUGAGCUCAUUAUCUUUUCGCAUGAAAUGUUUGCUUAUGAGAUUAGAUAUAGAACAUUCGGUGACGAAAUAACGACAUUGCGCUCACAGCACUCGAUUUGUGAACAACACCAACUUUACAUUAGCAAAAGCAAUAACACACACAAAAUACGAUUGUGCAUCGUCACAUCUUGCUUCAAGGUUUAACGUAGCAACGAGCAAAAGAGAGACACAGAAUUACACAAAUGCAACACACAUAUGGAGCGUUUUCGGUAAUUCCGUGAUAAAAUUUGUAAACACCCAAUGUGAGAUAAGGUCGAAUUUCGUAAUCAUCCAGCGAAAAUCCGCAUAAAACCAAAGCAGUUUAGCUUGAACAAUAGGAAGACUCACAUCAGAGUAGGAAAAAAAUGAGGUUUUAACUAGUUUUAGAGCAAGAAAUCCCAGAAAAGGGCUAUACAAAGCUUGAACAAAGUGUAAAAACGGGCCAAAAGUGAAUAAAAUACAAAGUUGACCGAAGAUAAAAAAGUUGAAAAAAAAAACCAAAAACGUUAAUCGAUCGAUUAAUGUUCAGCCCAAGAAAAUGAGUCAAUUAUAUUCAGUGGUAAUUUGGUUCGCCGUAAUUUCGUGCAUUAGCGGUGAUAUUUGUGAUAUUUGUGUAUGUACGUCAAACGAUUGUGAACUGGCAAAUAAUGACUCAAAAGCCGUGUGUUCUGAUGAUGUCGAGGAAUUUUUUACGUGUAAUGCAACUGAAAAUAAUGUCAAUGAAACUCAUCAGCGUUUUGAUUUGAACAGUAUUCAAUGGCCAAAUAGGAAUAUCAUCGUUUCAGCGAGAUUCAACAAUUUCAAACUUACAUAUUUGUCCAAUGUAUUAUGUAGUGCUUUAAAGCCAUCUCUUACACCAACUCUAAACGCCAUUAAUUUGGACAGUAAUGCGAUCGCACAUAUUCUGGGUGAUCCAUUUGAAUAUUGCAAAAAUUUGACAUCAAUUUCGAUAGCCAACAAUCAGAUCGAACAAUUGUCAUCAGAAUUAUUCGAAUCGACGGUUUCCCUGCAACGCUUGAACAUUUCGCGGAAUGCACUAUCUGAGUUUGAUGGAGGCAUUUUAUCGCGAUGUAAGCAUAUUAUUGAGCUUGAUCUGAGUCAUAACCAGAUAACGAUAUUGAAAGUGAACGAGAUUCUCGAUGCAUCACCAUCAAUUGAGACAUUGAAUGCAGCGGAUAAUCUAUUGUUUGCCAUUAGUGACAAGAAUCAAAAUAAAUAUUUACGAUUGAAGAGUCUGACAUUGUCUGGAAAUAAAAUGACUGUAGUCACGGCCAAUACAUUUUCGUCGUAUCCGUCGCUCCGUUAUUUGAACAUUUCUUCGAAUGUUUUGGGAAAUAUCGAACAAAAUGCCUUCCAGGAACUUAUAGCGUUGCAAAUUUUGGAUUUGUCAUCAAACAAUUUGAAAGACUUGUCGUUAAAAUUGCCUGACAGUAUUGAACACGUUUCCUUUGCACGAAACAAACUGAAAUAUUGGCCCAUGGAGAAGCAGACAAAAAAUGUGCUAACAUUGGAGUUACAAGAGAAUGAAUUGGUGGAGAUUUUUAAUUCUGUUGCUGUCGGUAAAAAUCGAAUUGAAUUUUCGUCACUCAAAUUCAUCAAUGUUUCGAGGAAUCGCAUCAAUUCGCUGCCAUCAGUAUUAAAUUAUCCAGCACUGGAAGUGUUUGAUGCUUCGUACAAUGAAUUUUCAAGUAUACCACAGUAUUUGGGUGCACAAGCUCCUGUUUUGAGAGUGCUAAGACUCAGGGGGAAUCAAAUUAAAACCAUCGAAUUCACCACAACAAUUACUGCUCAUAUUUUAGACUUGAGCGAACUUCCCAUGCUGACGGAAUUCGAUGCAAAUGUGUUCAAUUCAAUUGAACCCAAAUCCGGCUGUAUCGAACUGAUAAUAUCGCACAAUCCAAAGUUGCACACAAUAAAAAAUACAUUCGAACGAGUGUCGAAUUUGUGUGGCUUAGACCUGAGUUACAAUAAUUUGAAAGUGAUCGAUCAUAAUUGGAUGAAUUGGUCAGCAUUGGACCAUGGUGCAAAUUUGCAGGGCAAUCCAAUAGAUUGCACGUGUAGUUCACAAUGGCUGAUUGAUUAUUUCGUGCCAUUGCUUUAUGCAAACCCAGAAAAUCAUCAUUAUUUAUACGAUCUUCGAUGUGCGUCACCCGAACUAUUCAAGGGUCACCGUUUGGUGCGGUAUUUCAAUCAUUUGGAAGCAUUUUGCAAACCAGAGAUUCCGCAAGCACGUUUUGGAGCAUAUCGUAACCUCUAUUCUGAAGAAGAAAACGACUAUGAACUCCGGUGGAAUCAAGGAUUCGGCCUCUGGCUUACAGCUGCACUGAUUCUUAUUUUCAUUUCAUCAUCUAUCGGAAUGGUUUAUGUUUUGUUCAGACGAUGGCGUCGAGAACGCGAAAAUAAAAGAAACAAUCGAAGGUUUCAUAAUGGGGGAAUUCUUUAAAACAUUCCACUUUGAAUCAUCUGCUCUCAUGGAAACGUCCCAUCCAUCAAGAUACGCUGGUACAUCAUGUAGUUCAUCAUUGUAGCCAAAUGAAAAUUUCUUCAGAAACUUGAAACCAGAAAUAACCGAUAUUGCGUCGUCAAUUUUGAAUGCAAUCUUGCUAAGAUCAAGUUCCGUCAACAGUGGCGCUGCAUCUAGGAGUUUUGAUUGAUCCAGUCUUUUCCCGAUAAAAUUUGAUUUUACGAUCAGCUUCUGUACUGUCUUCAGCUUACCGAUAAAAUUGUAAAAUUUGUCACAGUUCGCCUUACAGUAGUAGGCAGAACAUUCAUCAUAUACAACCUCAUCGACCUGAUCAAAUGAUAUUUCACGCAAUGGAAUUCCACGCCAAUUGCUCAAGUUAAUACAAAGUUUUUUCACGUUUUUAAAAUGAACCGUCUCCUCACUGAAAUUGGAGAAAUCUGUGUGAUCCAAAGUAAUAUGCAGCCUUUCUAAGUUUUGCAGAUUUUUUCCGGCUAUUUGAAGAACUUUCAUGCCGAAAUUCCAAUUCAAUGUCAAACUUUUCAACUGUGGAUUUAAGCAUAAUGCAGAUGCUACAUUUUCUUCUGGUAUAUUUCCAAAUAAUCUUCUAGUUCCACCAAUUUCAAGGUAUUCCAAUCCCGUAAAGUGAUGCUCAAUACAUUUGAAAUCCACUUCGCCGUGUGUGACCCGUAAAUAUCGCAUAUUGGGAAAGCAUGUUUGAAGGAAAUUCAAUGGCACUUGUAUGAAACUUCUGAUUGAUACGGUCGUGACGCUCAAAAAUGGUUGAUUCGAUUUGAAGCAUUGCACCGGUAAAUAUUUUAACCCAUCUAUUUCAAUUUCUGUCAAGGAUUCAGCACAAUAUUCAAAUGCAUAAGCCAUUAUGUGAUCGAAAUAUUUGUGAUCAACCGAUUUAUAAAGUGUCAAUUUCGAAAUGUUAUGACCGAAAUUCCUUAGGAAAAUCAAGCUUGCUUUGAAGUCUUCGAUCAGAAAACAUUCAUUUGAAAUCUUAAAGCGCCACGAUAAAAAACGUAAGCUACGAACUAACACUUUCUUCUUUCCAUACUUGAUGAUGAACGUCAUUUCUGCUGCUUUCUUCAGAUACUUAUUCGAUUCAGCUACACUUAAAAUAUCAGUAAGCUCCAAAUAUUUCAUGACAUGCUCAAGACAGUCUAAGUUUACAUCAGUGAUUUUCGUUGCUUCCGAGAUGGUUGCUUCUGAUGGUGUGAUUGAUUCAGACAUUUUCCAGUCUUUUUUAUUGAAAGAAGUUGUAAAAUUAUGCUGUUAUUUUGUAUGAAUAAAUAUAGGUAGAUAACUUCCGAAAUAGCUUCACUAUGGCGAUAUCACAAACAGAGUUUGACUUAUCCGCCAGAUAUAUG